AGGAUUGAUAUCGGCGCGUAGUUGGGCCAGUGCCAAGGGAUGGAUCGAUGGCACCCUGGAUGCAGCGAACGUUCGUGAUGUGGGUGUGUUGAAUGUGUAUCCUUGCCAACGGUCAUGAGAUUGCGGAUGGUCGUCGGCCUGAUUGAUGUUUGCGUGACCGUGGUGGAGUGGAAUGCUUGCCCGUGGUGCGGAGUUCGAGGUUUGGACGUAUCUGGUCCCAAGCCUAUCCCCUUUACCAUUUCCCUUAAUAAAGACCCGUACCCUCGUUAUAAUUAUCAAUGGGUUAGCUCGGUAUCCUCUGGUCGCUUCCAUCUCUCUGCGUUUACGCUGGGCUCCUCGUGGAUCGUUGCGCCCGGCCAUGCAUGUUUCCAAUGGACAUGCAGAGUCAUGCACUGGACCAUUCCGACACCAAUACUACCCUCGUUCCAACAAACUGCAUGCCAAUUCCGGAUGUUCAACACUCCGCACACGCCCCUUGUUUGCUCCCUUAUCUGUCUCUCACAGCCCGUCUUCCAUGCGGAUUGCUUCACGACCUCCUCUGAUUCAUUGCACCACUUAGCAAACGCCCACUCCACUCGGUCAUAUCGACUUCUGUCGUGCCCCAUCGCAAUUUCGCAUCCCCCCAUCGUCGACCCGGUACUCCGUUAUCAAAGCUGCAACGGUGGACAUAUAGUGCUUGUCUCUUAGGUUUUCUCGCUUAUCCUCGCUGUUUCUCUUCACUACGGCUUCUCUUCCAUUAAAGUCAUUUCUACAGACUUUCGUAUCUCAAUCAUUCUAUUCACCCCUCGAGUAAAAUCAACCAUAUUAUGACAUCGAACGCGCGACACUGCUCGGGGUUUCAGGAUUUGGCUGCUGCACAUGUCACAAACAAUUUCUAUUUCGAUCGCUGUCAAAAGUAUUUGGGGAAAGUCCAGGAUAGUAGUCCAAAUGGUAAGCCGUCAACGAAUGGUUGUCUGUGAAGGUCCGGCUUUCUCUGCGAGCUUGGUGACUGUUGCAUCAGCCGCAUUCGCAGCAGCGAGAUCGAGUUUCGUUCGAGUGUCUUUCUUUGUUCUGCGAGUAUCGCCUUUGAACCCGAUGAAGUAAAUCCUUGUGCAUUCUUCAGACGCUGAC